UCUCGGUUGGAUUCGUAAAAUAUUUCUUUUUUUGUUAUUACAUUUUCUAAUCAUUGAACCUAUUUAUUGAUAACAUACUACUUAACAAUAUAAAACAAUUCAACAUUGAAUGCGUCAUACGUAUGUGUUAUCGGAGAAAAUAUUUUCUAAUACAGAAUAAAAAGUGUCAUCAAAAUUCCUCCAGCUGCGAUAAAAGAUUCAUCUUCUCUCCGGCCUGCUAACUGGUGGUCGGAGAUGCUGGCGGCGGCCGAAUCUGGGGAAGUGUUCGCUCUCCUGGAGGCGCGAGAUGCCAUCGACAACUUCGCCGCCCUCUACAACACCGUGCGGGAGCCGUGGCUCACGCGCGCGCUCCUGAUGUACCACGCGCGCACCGGCUCCGCGCGCUCGCUCGAGCUGCUGGCGCGCGCCCCCGACGCGCACGCGCGCUUCCUGCUGGACGCGCUCCACGACCAGCUGCGCGCCGAGCGGCCCGCGCGCCACCACGCGCUCGCCGCCCUCGCCGCGCUCGUGGCGCGCCGCCCCGCCUGGCUGCGCCGUCUGGCCGCCCACCCGCUGGCGGCCGCCCUGCUGCGCGCUGCCCGCACCGAGCGCGACCCCGUGCCGCUCCUCCACGCGCUGCUGGCGCUCGCCGCGCUGCUGCCCGCCGAGCCCGCGCUCGCCGCCGCCAACUGGCCGGACCUGGCCGACGCGCUGCUGCGGCCGGCGACGCUGCAGCCGCCGCCGCCCGCCCGCGACCACCUCCUGCUGGCGCAGCUCGCCCUGUUCCACGCGCUAUACGCCACGCACCCGUGCACGCUGAUCGAGACCCUCCGCGCCGAGUGUGCCGCGCCGCCCGGCCGCGACGCCUGGGAGCGGGCGCUCGCGCCGCUGCUGCGCUCAGUGCGCCUGCACCCGGCUCUGGUGACCGGCUCCCGGCAGCGCGAAGCCGACGCCGCCCGCCGGGCCGGCCGCGACCUGCUCGACGUGCUCGCCGACACGCGCCGUUUCGCCACCGGCUCCGACCGCGCCGGCCCCGCGUCCCUGGGGCCGACGCCCCCCGCGCCGGAGCCGCCCGCGCCGCCGGAACCCGCGGCCGGGUCGGCGGCGCUCGCCACCCGCGCGGCGUCGGCGCUGCGGCCGGGCGCCGAGCCGUGGUUCGCGCUGGCGGACCGCUGCGGCGCCGACUCCGCCCCGCACACGCCGCUGCCGGCCGAGAGCGACGCGGCCGAGCCGCCCGAAGCCGCGGUGGAGGCGACGCCGGAGAACACGCCCGCUAAGGACGCGCGAGCGCACUUUCGCUUCCCCGGCGAGUCGGCCGCGGUUCGCGCCAUCGGCCGGCGCUCGCAGCCGCCGUCCCCGCUGCGGAAGGACACGUCUCCGCCGGCGGACGCGCUGGCCGGGCGCGUGGCGCGCGUGGCGGCCGAGCGGCGCGCAGCGGAGUCUCCGGUGCCGUUCGGCGGAGCGCCGCCGGUGGGGGCGCGGCGUCCGGAACCGCGAGCGCCGGAGCCGCUGAACGUGGAGGACCGCGAGGUGCUGAUGCUGACGGAGCGCGCGCGCGAUCUACGCUGGGCGGGGAGCGCGGAGGAGCCGCACGUGCGCGACCCCCGCGCGGCGUGCGGGGCGCCAGCGGCGGAGGGGGGGCGGCGGCGGGCGAGGCGCGGGCCGCCGGCUCGGCGCGGGGCGUCGUGUCCGGGCCGCGCGGGAGGCAGCAGCAGUGUGGCCGUGCAGACGGAGGACGCGUGGCCGGAGCCGUACGAGUUUCUGAUCGCCGAUUUCUACCGAGCGCUCCCGGAGGAGGACCGGAUACGGACCACCGACGACAAAGAGGAGGAGGCCGUGCGGCCGUGCGAGCGUCUCGACGCCUACCUCGCCGACCUGUACGGAGGCCGCGCGCGCGCCGACGCGUCCGAGCUCGCCGAGCAGCUGGCGCUCACGCACGCGCAACUCAUGUUCGAGCGGUGGCGGCGCGAGGCGCACGCCGAGCGCAAUCGCCGCCUCCUGGGCCGCUGCCGCGAGGCGCGCGCUCUCAAGCUGCAGAACGACGCCCUACGCGACCGUCUGCGCAUCGCCGAGUGCGCCGCCGCCGAGCCGCGCGCCCGUCCCGCCCCUCCCCCGCCGCCGCCGGCCGCCGCCGACCGCGAACGCGCGCUCGAGGCUGCGUUGGAAGCGGAGAGCGCCGCGCGACUGCGAGCCGAGGCGGCGCUGCGCGAGGCGGAGGCCCAGCGAGCCGCCGACGCCGCCGAACUGCGGCGCACUCGCGGCGAGCAAUUCGAGGCGACCCGACACGUGGAGGCGCUGGCGCGGGCGGCCCUCGCCGCCGAGCGCCGCGCCGAGCACGUCCGCCGCCUCCGACGCGAGUUGCUCCUGCUCGCCGAGCGCGAGGCACGGCUGCGGGAUUGCGUGCGCGCGCGGUGCGCUGCCGCGCCGGCCGCCGCCGCCGCGGCCGCGGCUGGCGAGGAGCGCGCUCUGCGGGCGGCGCUGGCGCGGGCGGAGGGCGAGGCGGAGGCGGCGGCGGGGCGGGCCGACGCGGCUACGGCCCGCGCGCACGACCUGGAGACGCAGUUGGCGGCGCGCGACGCCACCGUGGGGGAGUUGAAGCGCGCGGCACGGCACGCGGCCGCCGAGCACGCCGCGGAGCUGCGCGCGUUGCAGGACAAGUACUCGGCGCUGAUGCGCGUGGUCCGCGCUGCGGAGAGCUACAAGCUGGAGCGGCUGGCGGACGGGGCGCGCCUGCCGCAGGAGCCGGAGCGCGGGUAGGCGAGGGGGCGUUGGAGCGGGCGAGACCGCGCGCGAGAACGCCGAGAGUUCAGAUGAUGUGCUUUAUUUAAGUAUGACAUAUUAUUAUAUUGUAUAAAUAUUGUAAAUAAUUUGCGGUCCUCACAGCUGUAGCGUUUUAUCAUAAUGUCAAUACACGUGUUAUAAUAUCAUGUAUCUACUAUUCGUAUUAAUUUGACUGCGUCAUCGAUGUGAAAUAAAAAUUUUAAAAUAUUUAAAAGUGU